AUGGGAGCCGAGAUGCUUACAAAGAGCAUUAUGCCAAUCUUUCUCUUCCUCGUCUACAGUUUAUUUGAAGUAGAAAGACAACACACAUUGGUGGUUACCUUAUUAAAUUGGAAGAGUGAUAUGAUGGUUUAUCAUGGUCAAAUACGGGUCAUAUCAAGGUUCUUAAACGAUUUUUUUAAGAAGACGACAGAUGCGUGUAAAGGAAGUCUGAAACCAACUUCCUGUCCUCUCAUUGCACAACCACCAAAAUUCACCGUCGUCUCAGGUGAGAAAAUGAGGAUAGGAUGUGUUUGGGAAACAUUGGCAUGCCUCACCUCUGCAAUAAUGGUCCUGAAUAGCUGCACGACGGCCGCCGGCGAAGUGACGACGUGUUCUGGAAUUGUACCGAUGGUGUACAGGAACGAUAAAAUAUCGAUAACGGAUUUUGGUGGAAUUGGAGAUGGUAGAACGUUGAACACCAAAGCAUUCAAUGAAGCGAUUUACAGGAUUAAGCAUUUGAGGAGGAGAGGAGGGACGCUGUUAUACAUACCUCCAGGAGUUUAUCUCACACAGAGCUUCAACCUAACCAGUCGCAUGACUUUGUAUUUGGCUAAAGGUGCUGUUAUCAAAGCCACACAGAACACUGCAAACUGGCCUUUAAUCGCCCCUUUGGCAUCUUAUGGAAGAGGGCGAGAGCGUCCUGGAGGAAGAUAUAUAAGCUUUAUUCAUGGCGACGGCCUCCAUGACGUAAUCAUCACAGGUGAAAAUGGCACAAUCGAUGGGCAAGGUGGGGUGUGGUGGAACAUGUGGAGACGAAGAACCUUGCAAUUCACUAGACCAAAUCUCAUCGAGUUCAAAGACUCUCGAGGCAUCAUCAUCUCUAAUGUCAUCUUCAAAAACUCACCCUUUUGGAAUAUUCAUCCUGUUUACUGCAGCAAUGUUGUUAUUCGGCAUGUGACCAUAUUAGCUCCACCCGACUCUCCAAACACGGAUGGAAUUGAUCCAGAUUCAAGCUCCCAUGUCUGCAUUGAGGAUUCCUACAUCUCAACAGGAGAUGAUCUGGUGGCUCGAAACAUCUGGUGGGGUGUAUAA